AUGCCUUUUAUCCAUCUUGGGAGCUCAAUUCCUGCAGUUCUGCCUGCUUCCAGCACUGCACUCGAGGUGCUUUUUGAUGGCUGGGAUGCCUGGACUGUUCACGCAGGGGAGGAGACUUACAAAUUCAUGGUGCAGACCAUUAAGGAUAUCAAUGCUCAAGUCAUAGAAGAUCCUUCUCUGACAAGAAACAUAGGUGGACAGUCUGUCCAGGCUGGAGAAGUGAUUGUUACUUCUGUCAUUGCUGCUGGGGAUCUGGAGCUUCCCUUUGGAGAUGAAGAGGAUGAAACUCAGGCAGAGCAACCAGCUGCUGAGGUCACUCCUUCUGGCAGAAGAAAAAGAAAGGAAACUACUUCUGCCCAGCACAGUGCCGCUCAACCUACGACUUCAGUCAAAAGAGGACUGUGGUGGUAUGUGGUCACGGAGGCAACUGCAGCAGCUUUCACUACUACUUGUGAUACAGAUGAAGAGCUAAAAGAAGCCUUUAAGGCAGUGGAGCAGGAGAAAGAGUUGGAAGAGCUAGAAGAGGUAGAAGAGGGACCUCAAGAAAAGGCAAAGACAGUGGAAGAAGAGCAAGAGAACACAAGGGCAGAGUUGACCAGCUCAGAGUUGGCCCUCUUUGAGGAUCUAGAAGCAGAAUACUCCACUUCCGUUCCGGCAGCUGAGGAGCAGGCAGAUCAGUCUACAUCAGAGCCUGUGGAGCAGGCAGAACUACCUGUUGUAUUUCCAGAAGCUAGAGUGGAAGUGACUGCAGCUGCUCCUGAAGUUAUGGUAGAAGUGCCUAGAUCUGCUGAUGUUCUGUCAGGGAUGAACAGUUCCUUGAGGCCUCCAAUUGUUGUUAUGCUUAUCCAUUCCAUUCAUAGUUCAUCUGCCACUGCUUCCUUUGCUGACCCGGAGCUAGCAGAGUUUGAGGCCAUGGAUUUGGAUACUCAACUGGAUAAACUGGAGAAACUUAGCUCUACUCCUGGAAAGGCAAGGUGUAAGGUAGUGGAUGAGGCAAUGGAAAGGGUGAAGAUCUGGCAAUCUACUGAGCUGGAACUGGAAAUGAGUCUUGGUCUGGCCAGAGAUGUACUCAACAUUCACAAUCGCUAUGAAGAUCUCAAGCCAACUUUCAAGACCUCUGAGUUCUGCAAAGCCACUCAUAAGCCAAUUUGGCCGAUUAUGCAAAGCAGAAGGCAGAACUGGAUCAGAUGGUUGCAGGGUAUAAGGAGGCUAAGGCCACUGCAGACAAGCUGGAGAAGUAGAUUGAAGAGCUUCAAAAGCAACUGGCAGAGUGUAGAGAGGUGCAGAGCAGGCUUGGGGCUGGACUGA